UCUUUCUCCCCUCUCUCUCCAGAUGAAAUCUCGCGUCUUGUGACGGCCGGCCGCCCAACAACCUGCCCGCUUGACCCUAUCCCCUCCUCUCUUCUCCAGACCAUUUCCGGAGACCUUCUCCCUUACCUCACCUCGCUCAUCAACUCAUCCCUGACCGCUGGCUACGUCCCUUCCGUCUUCAAGAGAGCGAGAGUUGCACCCCUUCUGAAAAAACCUACACUUGAUCCCUCCGAUGUCAACAACUACAGACCAGUAUCCCUUCUUUCUUUUCUCUACAAAACUCUUGAACGUGCCGUCCUUGGCCAGCUCUCCCGCUAUCUCUCUCAGAAUGACCUUCUUGAUCCAAAUCAGUCAGGUUUCAAGACUAGUCAUUCAACUGAGACUGCUCUUCUCUGUAUCACGGAGGCGCUCCGCACUGUUAAAGCUAACUCUCUCUCCUCUGCUCUCAUCCUUCUAGACCUAUCGGCUGCCUUCGAUACUGUGAACCAUCAGAUCCUCCUCUCCACCCUCUCCGAGUUGGGCAUCUCCGGCGCGGCCCACGCUUGGAUUGUGUCCUACCUGACAGGUCGCUCCUACCAGGUGGCGUGGCGAGAAUCUGUCUCCUCACCACGCGCUCUCACCACUGGUGGCGAAUCGCAUCUCUGCAUGUCUGGCAGACAUAUCAGUGUGGAUGACGGAUCACCACCUCAAGCUGAACCUCAGCAAGACGGAGCUCCUCUUCCUCCCGGGGAAGGACUGCCCGUUCCAUGAUCUCGCCAUCACGGUUGACAACUCCAUUGUGUCCUCCUCCCAGAGCGCUAAGAACCUUGGCGUGAUCCUGGACAACACCCUGACGUUCUCAACUAACAUCAAGGCGGUGUCCCGUUCCUGUAGGUUCAUGCUCUACAACAUCCGCAGAGUACGACCCUGCCUCACACAGGAAGCGGCGCAGGUCCUAAUCCAGGCACUUGUCAUCUCCCGUCUUGAUUACUGCAACUCGCUGUUGGCUGGGCUCCCUGCCUGUGCCAUUAAACCCCUACAACUCAUCCAGAACGCCGCAGCCCGUCUGGUGUUCAACCUUCCCAAGUUCUCUCACGUCACCCCGCUCCUCCGCUCUCUCCACUGGCUUCCAGUUGAAGCUCGCAUCCGCUACAAGACCAUGGUGCUCGCCUACGGAGCUGUGAGGGGAACGGCACCUCAGUACCUCCAGGCUCUGAUCAGGCCCUACACCCAAACAAGGGCACUGCGUUCAUCCACCUCUGGCCUGCUCGCCUCCCUACCACUGAGGAAGUACAGUUCCCGCUCAGCCCAGUCAAAACUGUUCACUGCUCUGGCCCCCCAAUGGUGGAACAAACUCCCUCACGACGCCAGGACAGCGGAGUCAAUCACCACCUUCCGGAGACACCUGAAACCCCACCUCUUCAAGGAAUACCUAGGAUAGGGUAAGUAAGGGUAAG